CCAGCCAGAGAAACACAAGCCAUGCCCUUCAAAUUCCAUUGCCCCUCAAGGCUCAAUCCCACCACCAGACACGAAGAAGCAAAGGGUUUCUCCAAAUGGGCAUCAUGGCCAAGCCAAUCGCUGCACACCAACAAAAAUUGCCUUCAUUCUCUCUUCUUCCUUCUUCUUUUUCCGACUUCAAUGGCGCCAGACUCCACUCUCAACUUCAGUAUAAGAAGAAGGUUAUGCAGCCAAAAGGAGCAUUACAUGUUACAGCAAGUGCCAAGAAGAAUAUCCUUAUAAUGGGCGGCACCCGUUUCAUUGGUGUGUUCUUGUCUAGACUUCUUGUCAAAGAGGGUCAUCAGGUAACUUUGUUUACAAGAGGCAAAGCACCCGUUACGCAGCAAUUACCGGGCGAGUCGGAUGCAGAUUAUGCUGAAUUUUCCUCCAAGAUUCUGCAUUUGAAGGGAGACAGACAAGACUUUGACUUUGUUAAAUCCAGUCUCUCGGCUGCAGGGUUUGAUGUUGUAUAUGACAUAAACGGGCGAGAAGCAGUUGAAGUUGAGCCGAUCAUAGAUGCAUUGCCCAAGCUAGAGCAGUUUAUAUACUGCUCUUCAGCUGGUGUCUAUCUCAAGACUGAUCUACCACCUCACUUUGAGGUCGAUGCAGUUGAUCCUAAGAGUAGGCACAAGGGAAAGCUCGAGACAGAGAGCUUACUGGCAUCAAAGGGUGUUAAUUGGACUUCUAUAAGACCCGUCUACAUCUAUGGACCAUUGAAUUACAAUCCUGUGGAAGAAUGGUUCUUCCACCGGUUGAAGGCGGGUCGCCCCAUUCCAGUCCCCAACUCAGGCAUCCAAAUUACACAACUCGGUCACGUCAAGGAUUUGGCAAAGGCUUUUGUUCAGGUUCUAGGUAAUGAAAAAGCAAGCCAGCAAGUGUUCAAUAUCUCGGGUGACAAAUAUGUCACAUUUGAUGGGUUAGCAAAAGCUUGUGCAAAGGCUGGAGGCUUUCCCGAGCCCGAGAUCGUUCACUACAACCCGAAGGAGUUUGACUUUGGCAAAAAGAAGCCAUUCCCCUUCCGUGAUCAGCAUUUCUUUGCAUCGAUUGAGAAAGCGAAGAGCGUGCUCGGGUGGGAGCCCGAAUUCGACCUGGUGGAAGGUCUUGCAGACUCCUACAACUUGGACUUUGGCAGAGGCACAUUCAGGAAAGAGGCUGAUUUCUCCACAGAUGACAUAAUCCUUGGCAAGAGCCUGGUUCUUCAAGCUUGAGGCAUGAUUCUUCUUUGUUUUUUUCGUGGCUGUUUUAAUCCAUUUCCCGCCCGAUCUCCAGGGGUUAAUUCCGAUCCCGGGUUGAGAAAUCAAUUUAGGAAUGUUAAUAUGUAUGUAUUCAUGGAGAUUUGUUUAUGUUUUGGCUCUAGUUUCUUCAAAUGGCAAGCAAUUUAGAGAAGCACCAGUACUAGCUCUUGUCAAUUCAUUAGAGGACGUUAAUCAUCUGGAAAUGCAGUAUAAAUUAUGCCAUUUUUUUUUCUAGAAUA